AGGGCAGCCAUUUUUUUUAACUCGGCAAUCUGUUCUAAGGCCUAAAUCAAUAGGAGAUAAUGAUUGCACCUCAUUAGAAGCUCAAUCGUUAUUGACUGAAAGACAGCAGAAAAUGAUUCUACAAGCUGUCAGUAACAGGGAUGCAACUGUGUUGACGGCUAUCUUGAAAGAUUACUGUCCAAGUGUUGUGGACGAGUUAAAAAAGACCAGCAGUGAGGAGUUGAAAACGUCGUGUGCAAAGCUGUGCAAACGUUCGCAAGGUUCCGUUUUAUAUGGAAAUGAAUUUGAGAGCAUGAACAGUUUCGAUUUCAAUAAAAUUUGGGUCGAAUUGAAGACGAACCACCCUUAUCUUGUCGAGAUUAUGAACGCAGUGUCUGGCAAAGAGAAGUCCGUCUCAGACACAAAGCGUGAGCUUCAAGUAAAGUACAGUUUUCUGUACUCGAUCCUCAUGAACGAGAGAUGGCACGAACUCAACCUGGUGAAACGUGUGAAUACAGUUCUCAUCAAUGAAGGUGGAUGUACCAAAAAGCUUCAAGAACGACUGAACAAACUUGGUGUGUGCCUAUCAUCUGGGAGAAGGGACACCCUGCUGAAGCUCUUAGGGGGUCAUUUUUCAGACAAAGUGGUUCAGCAAGUAAAGAGAGGUAGUGUGUUCCGAGGCACUGGUGACAACUGGGACCUGAAAAUUUUGAAAGGGCACAUGAGAAAGGAAAUUCAGAAUGAGGAUCUACACUUAUUUGCCAGUAACUUGAUUGAGAACCGAAUUAACUUCAAUCACUUGCCUAAUGACAACCCUAAAGGAAACAUCAAAGAUUUCCCUCGAUAUAAUUUUUCCUUGAAUGUUCCUGAAUGGAAACGUUAUGCAGAAUGUGCCACAAUUAUUUUUGGUAGAAUUGUUCUUGAGUUUUUUCCCAAAUUUAAGUUUUUGAAAUCUGUUAUACCAGAUCACAUUCCUCAUGAGUACAGCCAGCAAAUGUCACAGAAGUCUACCAUAGUAAGUUUGCCAAUCAUCAAUGCAAAUGAAGCAAAGUAUGAUGAUUGUGUUCACAUAUUAAGAACUUAUGAAAAGUGGAUUGCUGAAAUCUAUGUUCAAGCAGGGUUGCUAGAUGAACUGCCACACACUGACAAUCCACUGAUUCCCGACGGGCCUGCAGCAUCUGGACAGACAAAUGCGCACCAACCAGACACCCAUGAUGAUGCAAUGAGGGAGAUGAAGAUUACAUUUGCAGGUGAUCAGCUCACUCGGGUCAGAUUUGCAGGUGCCAAAGAUCUGCUAUCUGGUUCUCACACAGCAGCUGAUCGUUUUGAACAUUGCUCACCUUUUAAACCAGUAAUGUGGCAUACAAAAGCAUCCCUUCUGCAGUAUUCUUACUCGUUUCUUCACAAAGCUGAGUCUGUGAAUCAAGUUGGCACCUUAAAGUACUUCAGAGAGAAGUACAAUAGGAGGAAUGCUACCCCAUCCAAAGUUCUUGACUCCUAUGAAGGAAGUGAAGAGUUGUUCCUCAGCGUGGGGAAAGCUUACAUCAUAACAGCUGCCCUGAACUUUUUUGGGAUGUCAGACCUAGAGGACACUCCCUCAGCACAUAAAUUCCCAGAAAACAUUGCACAUAAGAGCUCAGAAAACAAGAAGAAGUACUUUGAUGAUGCUUUUGGAAAGUUCACUGACAAGUUCCUAUUACAAAAAGUAGAUGUCAAUGACUGUGACAAUGAAGAUGAUUAUAUAAGAAAUUAUGCCCUUUGUUGUAUUUGCCUGGCUACUCUCGUAAUGCAGAUGAGGGACAUUGCAGGGGAGGGGGAUGGCAACAGAAAUCUCAUCAACCAAAAACUUUUUAUGUCAGUUUUCAAGUCUAUGGGGGCCUACAGCAAAUAUGCUUUAGAAAUGUUUGUGAGUAUACCGGUAUUUUAA